AUGGUUUCGGCAUUCACGGUUCGAAGUACCAAUACUUUCCUAAGCCAUAUUUUGACUUUGACCUCCUCGAAAGAAUGUCGUGUGGUUCAAAUGAUUCGAUUCCAUGCACUUGCAAAGGCGUUGUCAAAGCAACCUAUAAAAGUUGUUAGGCAAUGCAACGAUUCUGCUAUUCAGCUAAGCAAUUGUUAUUUUCUUGCUUUAAAUUACCAGCAAAACUGGUCAAAUCAAGCUAUGGCUUUAGGACUCGAGAAAAUUCAUUCAUUGCAUUGGUCGCUAAACUGUGAAAUAGAUCGACCAUUAGAACUUGAGCGGUAG